CGCGUGGGGGGAAGGAUGCAAGAAUGCAAGCUUGGCCGACAUGCCCCGGAUUAUCAGCGACAGAUAUAUACAGCUAAAUUGCCCUGUCUAUUUCUCCAUUUGCAGACUUUGUCACUCUCACUCUCUCUCUCUCUCUCUCUCUCUCGCCGUAUACCUACCUGUGUAGCUUAACACUUUUUGGAUUGUCUCCAUCUCUUGUUCUUCUUCUCCUUCUCCUUGUUCUUCUGCUGUCUUUAUUAGCAUCCAGCGCAACGCAUCACACACACGCACACAUAUACAAUGUGGCAGCCGACAUCUCCCAAAGGCGACGAUCCGUCACAACCCGCCUCCAGCCACGGCCACGGCCACGGCCACGGCCACGGCCGCACGCUCUCCAUGAAGCAAAAGAACCCGGGCCGCUGGUUCGCGCAGACAAUCAAGCUCAAGAAGGAGUGCGCCGAAGAGUACAAGGCCUGCCACGCAAAAGUCUGGCCCGAGGUGCUCAAGCAGAUUAAGGACUGCAACAUUGAGGACUACAGCAUCUUUUACGACCCAGACAUGGACCUGCUGGUCGGCACCUUCAGGUACAUUGGCUACGACUACGCCGGCGACAUGCAGAAGAUGGCCGAGAACCCAAAGGUGCGCGAGUGGUGGAAGAUGACGGACAGGAUGCAGGAGAGCCUGGUCAAGGGCGCCGUGAGCUCCGAGGCGGGCGAGCCGUCGUGGUGGAAGCCCAUGGAGCAGGUGUUUUUCCAGCCCUGA